AUGUGCUCAGGCAGUUUUGGUUUCGCCCCCGAAAGGCUUUCACCAAUUGUGCAGGCCCCAGUUAGAGGUUUCAUGCUCCUCUUCGAAGCUUAUUGUGGAGUGGCCAUCUUCUCCAGGAGCUCCGUCCUGCUUCCUUGGCUGAGGUUACCCAGGGUGAAAUCAACUAUUCUCAGACAAGACGAGGACCGAGGAGAUGACUCAGCAGAUAAUGCCACUGAGGAAAACUCCUUCAGAGAUGUGACCACAAAUCCUGACUCUCAAAGUCCAGCAGAAUCAACUGGAACAAUGUUAGAGGAGAAGGAAAUGGGAACCGGGAAAAAAGUGCCAAUCAGUCUAAAUAGCAGAGUGCUUGGAGCCCCCGUUAUUAAUGAAUAUGCUGAUGCCCAGCUACACAAGCUGGUGAUAAGAAUGCGUGAAAGAACUGACCUCUACAAAAGAAAAUUGGCAGAGAAAGAAACAUCAUCACCGGAGGCCAGCCUAGAUACUGUAAAGCCUGAAGCUGUAUCACCAACACAAGAGGGAAAUGCUAACCUAGAGAAAGAACAUUGCUGUGACAUGUUGUGUUGCAAAUUCCAAAAGGUACCAGUGAUGGAGUACAUAAAGAGAAUUGGACUUCCAAGAAGCAUAGAUUCACACACAGAUCAACUCUAUCUUCUGUGGCUGUCACUGGUCACCAUUGCCUAUAAUUGGAACUGCUGGCUGAUACCACUGCGCCUCGUUUUUCCAUAUCAAAGUCCAAACAACAUAUACUUGUGGCUUAUUAUGGACAUCAUAUGUGAUAUCAUCUAUCUCAGUGAUAUACUGUUAAUCCAGCCCAGACUCCAGUUUAUAAGAGGAGGAGAAAUAAUAGUUGAUUCAAAUGAGCUGAAGAGACACUACAGAAGUACUAGAAAAUUUCGGUUGGAUGUCGCAUCUACAAUGCCAUUUGAGGUUUUCUACAUUUUCUUUGGAUUUAAUCCAAUAUUUAGAACAAAUAGGAUAUUAAAGUAUACUUCAUUUCUUGAGUUUAAUCAUCACCUAGAGUCAAGAAUGAAUAAAGCCUAUGUCUACAGAGUCAUCCGGACAAUUGGAUACCUGCUAUUCAUCCUGCAUAUCAAUGCCUGUGUUUAUUACUGGGCUUCAAGCUAUGAAGGAAUUGGCACAACAAAAUGGGUAUAUAAUGGUGAAGGAAAUAAAUAUCUGAGAUGCUACUAUUGGGCAGUUCGAACUUUAAUUACCAUCGGAGGUCUUCCAGAACCACAAACUUCAUUUGAAAUUGUUUUUCAACUCUUGAAUUUUUUCUCAGGAGUUUUUGUAUUUUCCAGCUUAAUUGGUCAGAUGCGUGACGUAAUUGGGGCAGCUACAGCUAAUCAGAACAACUUCCGCGUUUGCAUGGACCAUGUUGUUGCGUAUAUGAACAAUUACUCCAUCCCUCAAAGUAUGCAGAAUCGUGUCAGGACUUGGUUUGAAUAUACAUGGAACACCCAAAGAAUACUAGACGAGUCCAGACUGCUUGAGAAGCUGCCAACCGCAAUGCAAUUAUCUCUCGCCAUUGACAUGAACUUCAGCAUCAUCAACAAAGUCGAGUUGUUCAAGGGUUGUGAUACACAGAUGAUUUAUGACAUAUUGUUAAGAUUGAAGUCCACUAUUUAUUUACCUGGUGACAUUAUCUGCAAAAAGGGAGAAAUUGGCAAGGAAAUGUUUAUCAUCAAACAAGGAGAAGUCCAUGUUCUUGGAGGUCCUGAUGGUACUCAAGUUCUGGUUACUUUGAAAGCUGGGGCAGUAUUUGGAGAAAUCAGCCUUCUGGCAACAAGAGGAGGAAACUAUCGAACUGCAGAUGUGGUGGCCUGUGGGUUUGCCAGUCUUUUAACUCUGACCAAAAAGACAUUUGGAGAAAUUCUAUUGCACUAUCCAGACUCCAAAAAGCUCCUCUUGAAGAAAGCCAGAGUUCUUUUAAAAGAGAAGGGUAAAGAUACUGAGGCCAUCCCUCCACGGAAAGAACUCAUCUUUCAAUUCCCACUAAAAGAAGAAACACCCAAAAUGUUUCAAGCUUUCCUAGGAAGCACAGGGAAAGUAGAUCUUCAAAGACUCUUCAAAUUAAAGAGAGAACAAACAGCUCAGAAAAAGCAAUGGAAGCUCCAAAGAAGAAAGAGUAAAUGAAAAGAAUAUGAAGAUCAAGGAAGAGUGCCAGCAGAGGAAACACGGGGGACCACAUGCAGAGCCUAUCCUGCUACAGUGGAGGAAAUGCCCUAGUCGAUUAGGAUAGCAUUACCCAGAGGAGCUUCCUGUCAAUCAUUCAUCAUCAACAUGGCUCCUUUUACCCAGAAGGGAGAGGUUCUGACUACUGAAGUCAAGGAAAAGGUUAAGUAA